AUGAAGUCCGUCGUCGCCGUCGCCGUCGCCGUCGCCUCCUUCAUUGCCAUCGCCUUCGCUCAGUCUCUCUCUGACUUGCCAGCAUGUGGUCAAACCUGCAUCAACAAUAUGCUCGGACAAUCUGAUAGUCUCGGCUGCCCCAAUGUUAACGGACAACCCGAUGUUGGAUGCCUUUGCCGAAAUGUGAACUUUGGUUAUGGUAUCCGAGACUGCGUCGCCGAAGCUUGCCCAGCUGGCGCAGAUACAGGCUCUGUCAUCACCUUCGGUCUCGACUAUUGCGCUUCUGCUGCUUCAGGUGCCUCAGGCUCCUCUGUCACCCUCAGCGCAACCGAAGCUUUGACCCAGGGUGGAGGUGCCACUGGAGCUAGUGCUAGUGGUAGCGGUGCCACUGGCACGGCCACUGGUACUGGUGCAAGUGGAUCUGGAGCCACUGGUACCACUGGUACCAGUGAUGGUGGUAGCUCUGCCAUUUCCACUGCUGCUGUUCUCACCACCAUUGUCACCGAUGGAAGCACAAUCACCAGCACAAUCGGUAGCACAACCAUCUUCGGCGCUGCUGGAGCCGCUGCUUCAUCUGUCGCUGUCACCACCGAGGCCAUCGUGUCCACAAUUAUCAGCGACGGAAGCACCAUCACAAGCACAAUCGGCAGCACAACCCUGUUCAGCGAGGUCAGUUCAGCUGCGUCUGGAGCCAGUGAGUCUGGAGCUUCCGCCGCAUCCAGUGCUUCAGCUGCUGCUAGUUCCAUCGCUUCCAGUGCUUCGGGUGCUGCAAGCUCAGCCUCCGAGUCGGCCGCAUCCGUUGGCAGUUCCGUCAGUUCAGGACUGGCAAGCGCAACCAGCUCUGCCGGUAGUGCUGCAUCAUCCGCAGCAUCAUCUGCCACAGGAAACAUCGCUAUGCCUCAGAUGACCCUUGCUGCUCAAAACGUUGCUGGUCUUGCCGGCCUUGCCGCAAUCAUGCUGCUGUAA